AUGGAGGAGGUGGCAACCAAUGUCCCCUUUUGCACCACUGAUUUCAAGCAAGCCAACGCUUCGAUUUGUUGGCCAAGCAUGACAGGAGAUGGACCAGUGAGAGUGAUCAUCCCCGUGCUGUUUGGACUGAUCUUUCUACUGGGCAUGGUGGGGAACACACUGGUGCUGGUGGUACUUGGCCGUCUCCCACCAGGUGGACGUCCCUCCCGCAGUGCCACCAACAUCUUCAUCCUCAACCUGAGCAUUGCAGACUUCUCCUUCCUUCUCUUCUGUGUCCCCUUCCAGGCCACCAUCUACUCCUUGCCCGAGUGGGUCUUUGGUGCCUUUUUGUGUAAGUGGGUGCACUAUCUCGUCAUGGCCACCAUGCUCGUCAGCAUCUUCACCUUGGUGGCCAUGUCAGUGGACCGCUACAUUGCUGUGGUCCAUGCGAAGCGCUCCCUGUGCAUCCGAAGCAAGCGCAAUGCCACUCUUGGGGUGGCCGUCAUCUGGUUCCUCUCUCUCCUCUUUGCCAUCCCCGUGGCGGAGCACCAGGAACUUUUUAACGGGCACCAGCAGGCACCCAACAGCUCUUUCUGUUGGGAACUCUGGCAUGGCAAUCCAGGAGCCAAGCAAAUGUACAAGGUGACCAUCUUCGUGGUCGGUUAUCUUCUACCUCUGGUGCUCAUCACAUGCUGCUAUACCAAGGUUUUAUAUCACCUUCAUAAAAAAGUGAAGAAUAUUUCCAGGAAGUCAGAAAGAUCAAAGAGAAAGGUAAAUGCCAAACAGCAAUUACUAAGCAUGGUAGAUGAGGAAGAUAUUUUGUGUAAUCAAGUAAUCAAAAUGUGGUACGUCUGUUUCUAUGAGAGAUGA